AAAUUUUAUGUAAAUCCUCACAAAAUAUAAAGUGGCUUUAAUACAAAAUGCUAUAUUUGAUACAAAGUAAAAAAUUCUUCAGGGAGUUGCUACACAAAUUAAUGAUUGUGUUUAGAAAGGAUGCAAGGUGAUAUUUUUAGGAGAAUUCUUUAACACUGUUUUCGAAACUAAUAAUUUAAAAAAGAAUGCUGAAGAUUUUUCAGAUAAAAACAAUAGAGAAACAUAUGAUUUAAUGAGACAAUUAUCUGAAGAAUUAGAAAUCAUGAUUAUUUGUGGAUUACCAGAAGUGGCUGAAGGUAAAUUGUUUAAUGCUGCAUUGGCAUUUAAUGAUGGAAAACUUAUUGGUUAAUAUAGAAAAUGCCAUUUAUUUGAUGUAGAUAUCCCAGGAGGAAUUACUCAUUUUGAAUCUAAUACAUUUGGAGCUGGUAAUGAUUAUUGUAUUUUUGAUUCUUAAUAUGGAAGAUACGGUCUUGGAAUUUGUUAUGAUAUUAGAUUUCCUAUAUUCUCUUAAGUGAUGAGAGAUGCAGGUUGUCAAGUGUUGUCUUUCCCUUCAGCAUUUAAUUAAACUACAGGACCUUUACAUUGGGAAUUGCUAAAUCGAGCCAGAGCACUAGACAAUCAAGUUUAUGUUGCUAGUACUUAAGCAGCAAGAUAUUAUUCUGAUGAUCCCGACUAUUAUUAAACAUGGGGUCAUUCUAUUAUUACCGAUCCUAUGGGAAGAGUAUUAGCAACAUGUGAAUCUGAUCCUGCAGUCUUAAUUUAGGAAAUUAACUUAUCACUUGUUGAUCAGGUCAGAAAAAAUAUACCAACCUCAAUCCAGAAAAGAACAGAUUUAUAUACAGUAGCUAAAGGGGGCAAAUGAUAAUCAAGUAUAAAUCAUAACAAA